AUGACUAAUCCAGAAUUAGAAAAUCAACAACUAAGUCUACAACGACAGAAAAGAUUAGUAAGUUUUAUGUUUUCAAAAAAAGUACCUCAUAUUCCAACUCAAGAUGAAAGAAAACCUUAUCCUCAACAUUCUGCUAAUAUAAUAUCACAAUUAUUUUUUUGGUGGUUAGCACCAGUAAUGAAAACUGGUUAUAAAAGAACUUUACAACCAGAUGAUUUAUUUUAUUUAACUAAUGAUAUAAAAGUUGAAAAAAUGGCAGAUGAUUUUUAUGGUUAUAUGACAAAAGAUAUUGAAAAAGCAAGAGAAAAUCAUAUUAUUGAAAAAUGUAAAGAAAGAGGUGAAACUUUAACAAAUUCAACAGUUGAUCCUGAAAUUGAUUUAAAAGAUUUUAAAUUAAGUAAAUUUAUUACAGUUUGGGCUUUAGCUAAAACUUUUAAAUGGCAAUAUUUAUUUGCUUGUACUUGUUUAGCUUUAUCAAAUGCUGGACAAACAACUAUGCCAUUAUUAACUAAAAAAUUAAUUCAAUAUGUUGAAAUGAAAGCAUUGGGCCAUGAAACAGGUAUUGGUAAAGGUCUUGGUUAUUCAUUUGGUGUUACUGCAUUAAUUUUUGUUGUUGGUGUUUUAAUAAAUCAUUUCUUUUAUAGAUCAAUGAUAACUGGAGCUCAAGCAAAAGCUGUUUUAACAAAAGCUUUAUUAGAUAAAUCAUUUAAAUUAAGUGCAGAAGCUAAGCAUAAAUAUCCAGUUGGUAAAAUUACUUCAAUGUUAGGUACAGAUUUAUCAAGAAUUGAUUUUGCAUUAGGUUUUCAGCCGUUUUUAUUUGUUUUUCCAAUACCUAUUGCCAUUGCUAUUGCUAUUUUAGUUGUUAAUAUUGGUGUUGCUUCAUUAGUUGGUGUUGCAAUUUUAUUAGUUUUUAUGGUUGGAAUUGCAGCAGCAACUGGUAAAUUAUUUGCAUUUAGAAAAACAGCUAAUUUUUUUACAGAUUCAAGAGUAAAUUAUAUAAAAGAAGCUUUAAAUAAUUUAAAAAUUAUUAAAUUUUAUUCUUGGGAACCACCAUAUCAUGAAAAUAUUUCAGAUAUUCGUAAAAAGGAAAUGAGAAUCAUAUAUAAGAUGCAAGUAUUAAGAAAUAUUGUUACUUCAUUUGCUAUGUCAUUAACUUUAUUUGCUUCAAUGACUGCAUUUUUAGUUCUUUAUGCUAUUGCUAAUGGAAGAAGAGAUCCUGCUUCAAUUUUUUCAUCAUUAUCUUUAUAUAAUGUAUUAACUCAACAAGUGUUUUUAUUACCUAUGGCUUUAGCUACUGGUGCAGAUGCUUUUAUGGGUAUUUCAAGAGUUGGUGAAUUUAUGUCUCAAAGUGAAAUUAAUCAAGAUGAAAAUUCUAUUGAAGCUCCACCAAGUAUUAAAGAAAUUAUGGAUAAAGAAAAUUUAUCUAUUGAAGUUAAUCAUGCAAGUUUUGAAUGGGAAAUUUUUGAAGAUGAAGAAGAAGAACAAAGUUCAGGUAAAGAUUCCAAAAAAUCAAAGAAGGAUAAUAAGAAAGAUAAUGAGAAGAAAAGCAUUGAUGAAACUAACACAUAUCAUGAAGAUUCAAAUGAUGAAAAAUUAUCAUCAAAAGGAUUAGAUGAUUCAACAACUGAUAUAUCAGCUGAUGAAGAUGUUAAAUUUGAAGGAUUGAAAGAUAUUGAUUUAAAAAUCAAAAAGGGAGAAUUUGUAGUUAUAACUGGUUUAAUUGGUUCAGGAAAAUCUUCAUUAUUAGCAGCCAUGUCUGGGUUUAUGAAACGUACUAGUGGUUCAGUUUAUGUUGAUGGUUCAUUAUUACUUUGUGGUUAUCCUUGGGUACAAAAUACUACAGUAAAAGAAAAUAUUUUAUUUGGAUCUGAAUAUAAUGAAGAAAAAUAUAAUCAAGUUAUUUAUGCUUGUUCUUUAGAAGCAGAUUUAGAAAUUUUACCAGCUGGAGAUAGAACAGAAAUAGGUGAAAGAGGUAUUACAUUAUCUGGAGGUCAAAAGGCAAGAAUUAAUUUAGCUCGUGCUGUUUAUGCUAACAAGGAGAUUAUUUUAUUAGAUGAUGUUUUAAGUGCAGUUGAUGCUCGUGUUGGUAAACAUAUUAUGAAUAAUUGUAUUAUGGGUUUAUUAAAAGAUAAAACUAGAAUUUUAGCUACUCAUCAAAUAUCAUUAAUUGGAGAAGCUGAUAGAAUUAUAUUUUUAAAUGGUGAUGGAUCAAUUGAAACUGGAACAUUUGAUGAAUUAAAAGCUAGUAAUGAAGGUUUUAAAACAUUAAUGACAUAUAAUAGUGAAUCCAAAAAGGAAGAAGAAGAAGAAACAGUUGAAGAAUUUGAAGAUGUUGAAGAACAAGAAUUAUCUGAAGAAAAAAGAUUAAUUGAACGUCAAUUAACUCAAAGAUCAAUUUUUUCAAAUAAAACUGGAAGUACUAAUGCAAAGGGAGAACCUGAAGAUGAAGAAGCUCGUCAUAGAGAAUUCAAUGUUGAUGCAAAUGCAAGUGGGAAAUUAAUUGAUGAUGAAGAAAGAGCUGUUAAUGCCAUAAGUUAUAAAGUUUAUGCAAGAUAUAUUGAAUUAGGUUCAGGUAAAUAUGGACCAUGGAUUAUUGUACCUUUAUUAUUAGCAUUAAUGAUUUUAACUACUUUUACUCAAAUUUUUACAAAUACUUGGUUAUCAUUUUGGACUGAAUAUAAAUUUGAUAAUAGACCAGAUAAAUUUUAUAUUGGUCUUUAUAUUAUGUUUACAUUUUUAUCAUUCUUUUUAUUAACAAUAGAAUUCAUUGUUUUAGUUUAUAUUACAAAUACUGCUUCGGUUAUGUUGAAUGUUUUAGCUGUUAAAAAGGUUUUACAUGCACCAAUGUCAUUUAUGGAUACAACUCCAAUGGGUAGAAUUUUGAAUAGAUUUACUAAAGAUACUGAUGUUUUAGAUAAUGAAAUUGGUGAUCAGUUAAGAUUCUUUUUAUUUGUAUUUUGUAAUAUUAUUGGUGUUUUGAUAUUAUGUAUUAUUUAUUUACCAUGGUUUGCUAUUGCAAUUCCAUUCCUUGGGGUUUUAUUUGUUGCAGUUGCUAAUUAUUAUCAAUCAUCAGCAAGAGAAGUUAAACGUUUAGAAGCUAUUCAAAGAUCUUUGGUUUAUAAUAAUUUUAAUGAAACUUUGAGUGGUAUGGCUACAAUUAAAGCAUAUCAUGCAACUAGCAGAUUUGCGGAUAAAAGUAAUUAUUUAAUUGAUAGAAUGAAUGAAGCUUAUUAUAUAACAAUUGCAAAUCAACGUUGGUUAGCUAUUCAUAUGGAUUUUAUUGCUUGUUUAUUUGCAUUACUUAUUGCAUUAUUAUGUGUCAAUAGAGUUUUCAAUGUUAGUGCAGCUUCGACUGGUUUAAUUUUAUCUUAUGUUUUACAAAUUGCUGGACAACUUUCUAUGCUUAUAAGAACUUUUACACAAGUUGAAAAUGAAAUGAAUUCUGCAGAAAGAUUAAAUUCAUAUGCUUCAAAUUUACCUGAAGAAGCUCCUUAUGUUAUAACUGAAAAUGCCCCUCCUCCAGAUUGGCCAUCACAAGGUGCUAUUGCUUUUGAUAGAGUAUCAUUAUCUUAUAGACCAGGAUUACCAUUAGUUUUAAAAAAUUUAAAUUUUAAUGUUAAACCAAUGGAAAAAAUUGGAAUUUGUGGUAGAACAGGUGCUGGUAAAUCAUCAAUUAUGACUGCACUAUAUAGAUUAUCUGAAUUAGAAUCAGGUAAAGUUGAAAUUGAUGGUAUAGAUAUUUCAAAAUUAGGUUUACAAGAUUUAAGAUCUAAAUUGGCUAUUAUUCCACAAGAUCCUGUAUUAUUUAGAGGUACAAUUAGAAAAAAUUUAGAUCCAUUUAAUGAACAUUCAGAUAAUAAAUUAUGGGAUGCUUUAAGAAAAACAGGAUUAAUUGAAGAGGCUAAACUAGAAUCAGUUAAAAAACAAGUUAAACCAGUUAAAUUAUCCGAAGCUGAGAAAAAAACUGAUGGUAGUACAGUUGAACCUUCAACAUUACAUAAAUUUCAUUUAGAUCAAUCUGUUGAAGAAGAAGGUUCAAAUUUUUCAUUAGGUGAAAGACAAUUAAUUGCAUUUGCAAGAGCACUAGUACGUGAUUCAAAAAUUCUAAUUAUGGAUGAAGCAAGUAGUUCAGUUGAUCAAAUUUCAGAUUCAAAAAUUCAAGAAACUAUUAUUAGAGAAUUUGCAAAUCGUACAAUAUUAUGUAUUGCUCAUAGAUUAAAAACUAUUAUAAAUUAUGAUAGAAUUUUAGUAUUAGAUAAAGGAGAAGUUAAAGAAUUUGAUACUCCUUAUAAUUUAUUUAAAUCAAAAGGUUCAAUUUUUCAUCAAAUGUGUGAACGUUCAAAUGUUACAGAAGAAGAUUUUAAAAAUGCUACAAAGUUUUAA